AUGUCCUUCGAGCGCCUGUUCGGCGCCGCGGAGCGGGCCAUCGAGCGCUUCAGCUCGUCGAGCGGCGGCGCGGCGCUCGAGGCUGCACGCCAGCGCGCCGAGCAGGCACAAGCAGAGCUGUAUGACGGCAGCGUGCCGCCGUGGCAGACCCUGUCCGAGCAGUUUGCCAUCCUCGAGGAGGAGCUCAAGGCGCGCAUCCUCGCGCUGUCCGCGCAGCAGUCGCUCUUCACGACCGCUGCGGCCGAGCAGCACCGCGCCGCCACCCGCCACCGCUCGGUGCUCCCUGGCUGCCUGCCCAUGGCGACCGCCGCGCUCGAGGCGGACCCGCAGCUCGCACAGCUUCGCUUUCGACUGGUUCCGCGCAGGCUGAGCGAGGAGGACUUCUGGCAGGUGUACUUUUGGCACGUGGCCACCGCCAAGCUCGACCUGUGCAACGACUUUGCGAGCGCCAACGCCGCCAAGCGCGACUACCUCGGGGUCUCGCAGGCGGGCGGGGCAUCGGCUGGGGCGGCAACGCCUCCGGCGGCUCGCCCGCGCGUCCGCGACGAGGUGGGCUGCAGCGGUCGCAGCGCGCAGUCCGGCCAAGGCAGCCCGGGAGCAGACGCCGCAGCGAGCGAGGAGUUUGGGUUCGACCUGGAGGCGAGCCAGCACCGCUUUCGCCCCGCUCCUUGGCCCAGCAGGCACACAGCGCGUCCCACCCCUUCCCAGGAGCUCGACGCGGAGUUCGAGCGACUCGUCGGCGGUGGGAGUGCCCAGACACACACCGCGGACGUCGACGCGGCGGCUUACGAGGCGGCGGCAGACGCAACGGCGGAGGCUCCAAAAGACUCGUGA